AUGGUAGACAAAAUAUCGACUUCUGUUGGGAAAGAAAAAUUGCACCAAGAGCGCAAAAAGAGUAUAGACUCUGCUUUGUAUGGUAGUUCUAUAUACAAGCCGACUAAUUUAGGGUUUGGCGUGCGUUUUUCACAAAGCCAGGAAGACAUUUAUCAUGAUAUGCCUUCUUCUAGAUUACGUAGUCAUAUAUCUCUACCAAAUUUAGGUAAAACAGAUCAUAAAAUUCCAUCAUCGCAACCAAAAAUUGUUGAAAUUGAUAAUGACAAAGAUGAAGACGAAAAGAAAGGUUUAAAUCAAAUAUCUACUGAAAAUAUUAAUGAUUGGAUAAUAGCAUCUCUAAACAAGCGGCCAUAUUUUGACGACAGUGGACAUGUUCAUCCAAUGGACUUUCUAGAAAAUGUCAAGUACUAUAUUACAGAAUUAAAUAUAGCUGCCGAAAAACAACUUCCUUUCAUUAUUUCGUGUUUAGAAGGACUUCCGCUUAUGUGGGUUCGGUGUUUUAGAAAUGAAUUUAAAGAUAUGGAAGAGUUUUAUGACGCUUUUGAAAAAGAAUUUUGGAGUUCAGACAAGCAAAAGUCUAUCCUGUAUGAUAUGAAACUGGGGAAAUAUGAUGAAAAUAAAUCGCGCAUGUCCAUGUCAGAAUAUUUUUUAUAUAAAGUCUCUAAUUAUAAACACCUUAAUCCUCCACCUUCGGAUUUGGAAAUCGUGUAUUCUUUAGCAGCACAUUUUCCUUCUGCUGUUGAACUAGAACUACGUCUGACACCGAAACCUACAUUACGAGAGGCAUAUAGCUUACUUCGACGAAGAGAAGGCGAAGCGAAUGACUUUCUGCCUAAUUACUUGUAUGAAAUGUGCGAAGCUUUCCAACGUGGAUCUCGAUUAGACUCACAACCAGUGCGGCGUACCAAUGAUCAA